GACCCCACACCCUAGGGCUCCUGCACCCACAUGAACUCCUGAGCUCAUCUUGGCCUCCCAGAGUACUGGGAUUACAGGAGUGAGCCACUGUGCCUGGCCCCUCUCUUUCUUUUUAAUGGUUGUAUCUAUUCCAUUGUUGGUUUUUUUUUUAAAAACUCAAUUCUCAAAUGAUUUUUGUCCAGUUGUUUAUGACAGGCUUAUUUAAUUUGGUAGAUAAUGUCAUAUGGAAGCUUUACUCUUUUAUGUAAUUACAGUUGACACUUGAACAAAGUGGGGGUCAGGAGCACAGUCAAAAAUCCAGUUGUUUUUGUCCAGUUGUUUAUGACAGGCUUAUUUAAUUUGGUAGAUAAUGUCAUAUGGAAGCUUUACUCUUUUAUGAAAUUACAGUUGACACUUGAACAAAGUGGGGGUCAGGGGCACAGUCAAAAAUCCACAUAUAACUUUUGUUUUCUCUAAAACUUUUUAAUAGCCUACUGUUGGCCAGAAGCCUUUCUGAUAACAUAAACAGUCUAUUAACACGUAUUUUGUAUUGUAUGUCGUAUGUACUAUAUACUUAUAAUAACGUAAGUAAAAAAAUGUUAAGGAAAAUCAUAAGGAAGAGGAAGUGUAUUUAUGUUCAUUAACUGGAAGCGCGUCAUCAUAAAUCUUCACCGUCAUGUUGAAUAGGCUAAGGAGGAGGAGCCAGAGGGGCUGUUCUUGCUAUCUCAGGGCCAUUCAGGCCUGUUCUGUUCAAGGGUCAACUGUGCACUCUCUUUUUUAAUAGCCUUUUAUAGGAGAUCUUUAUAGAUGAGUGAUUUCUGUAAUCUACCCAUUGAAGCCACAUGGCCCAGUGGCGAAAACUUACCUGCUGGAUGGUCAUUUACUAGUCCUGGCUGUUACAUACUAGUCACUUACUAGUUGAAUGACCUCAGAAAAUUACCCUCUGAACCUUACUCAUCCAUUAAGUCAGAAUUCACACUGCCCACUGCUCCGCGUAGCUGUGUGGAACAGAAGAGACCAUCCAGCGAGGUGCUCUGAGCGCUGCUGCACUCUGAAGAAACCCUUUCCUGACCAUUUGGUCACUGCUGUGGCUUAGUGGUAGUAGUGGUGAUGGUGUUUGUUUUUAAAUAAUUAGUGAGCCAUACUGCCCACUGCUUGCCUGAUCUGGAAGGUCUUCCUGGAGUUGGGAGGCUGCUGAUCCGGACACCUGUGCACCAGAAGUGAGUUGGAGCUGCCCGUGCCAUGGACUAUAAGGUCAGUAAUGGCUCAGGCCUCAAGGAUGAGCAUCUCACGGACUUGCUGGUAUUUGGCUUCCUUCAAAGCUGCUCCAGCAGUGGUUUCCAGAGAGAGCUGGAGGAGCUGGGCCGUGAGCCGUUUGUGCGUACUCACCUGUGUGAGGAACUUGAUGAGGACGAGCUUCAAACUGAUGGUAGCAGGGCCAGCCGCGUCUGUGCAGAGAGAACAGAGGCAGAUUCUGAAAGUCAAGAAGAUGUCAUCCAAAAUUUUGCCAGGCAACUGGCCCAAAUAGGGGACAGUAUGGACCGCAGCAUCCCCCCGGGACUGGUGAAUAAUCUGGUGCAGCAGUUUAGGAACCCGAGCCUGUCGGAGGAAGACAGAAGGGAGCACCUGGCUGCUGCCCUAGAGCAGGUAUUGCAGACCUGCCCUGCGGACUUGACAGAAGAGAAGGCCACGCUGCUGGUGAUCAUGCUGCUGGCCAAAAAGGUGGCCGAUCACACGCCGUCUUUGCUCCAUGUUGUCUUUCGCACGACAGUGAAUUUUAUUAACCGGAACCUGCUCGCCUAUGUGAGGAACUUGGCCAGAAACAUGGACUGAACGGAGGACGGCAGAAGCGUGACUGACUAAAGCCUGACGUGGUGACAGCCGUGCAGCUGACUCCAGUGGAGAUGGAGCCCUGGCCUCGUACAGAAGACAGGCACUGAACAAUAGCUAUUUAUUUCUCACUAUUUUAAAAUGGUGAUCCAUUUAGAAAUUUCCACAUUAAUAUACUUGAAGGAAAAUGUCAA